GGAUACCAGUUUCCGAAUCGUGAUUGUGAAAUUUCGCAUCCAAAAGUGUGUGAAUUUCCCGGGAGGAAAAAACUUGCAGCUAAACUUCGUACGAAAUGUCAAACAUGUGAAUUUCUCUGUUAAAAUUUUACACAGUUGUUCAUUUUUGUGAAGUGGUUGACAUAUUAGAGCCUGUAGGAUUUCAGACUUCUAAAGAAUGACACGGGGAAGGAUAGAGCUUGGGGCCAUCACCCCUCAUAAUAUUAAACAACUGAAGAGACUGAACUCCGUCGUCUUUCCUGUUUCCUACAAUGACAAGUUCUACAAAGAUGUGUUGGAUGUAGGAGAACUUGCAAAAUUAUGUUAUUUCAAUGAUAUAGUCGUCGGUGCUGUGUGUUGUAGAAUAGACACAACGGAAGAUGGUUCUAGAAGGUUAUACAUCAUGACUCUUGGAUGUCUUGCACCAUACAGAAGACUUGGCAUCGGCACAGUGAUGCUGAAACACGUUCUGGACUACUGCGCCAAAGAUGGAAAUGUCAACAACAUUUAUCUACAUGUACAAAUUAACAACGAAUCCGCCAUUGAGUUCUACAAGAAAUUUGACUUUGAAAUCAUUGAGACAAAAGAGCAUUACUACAAGAGGAUCGAGCCAGCCGACGCCCACGUCCUGCAGAAAACGUUACAAACCAAAGGGGUCAGGAACGGGAUCCACAGUAAAGACGGGGACACAGGAGUGAAAAUCUAGAACGACCUACGGCAAGUUGGACUGUUUUACAUCAAGCUCAGAUUUUGUUCUCUUGUGAGAAAAUCUAAGAACAAAGAAUUGAACUGCUAGGUUAUUUUUGUUUGUUUCUUCAACUGGCAUGAUUGGUGAAUUUUACAGGUAUGAGUAUUUUUAUGCUUUCAGGCAUGAUACUUUACAGAAGCAACAAAGGUGAUUGCCUCAAUGCCCUCUACUCAUUGCCUUGGUGCCCUUGAAAUGCUCAAGUAGAAAUUCACAAUUUCCUCGGUGCCCUUGCCCUUUCAAAUACAAAGCAUACAGGGCUAAACGUUCAUCUGAGUUGAGAUAUUAUGACUGCUUUGUGAAAAAAAAAAAACUUUAUUGUCUAAACAUUUAAAGCAUGAGAUUUCUCAGUUUUUUGCUGAUUUCAGGAUUUUCUGAAAUCUCCUUGAGCCGUAAAGUUGUCUAGAAAGAAGUAAAGCAAUCGCCAAAGAUUUUCAGAAAAAAACUUUCAACAGUGAAGGCUUUUCAGAAAGAAAAA